GCGCACCGCCCUCUGGCGGCCCGGCGGGCGGCGGCGGAGCCGGCGGCGGCGGCGGCCAUGUCCCGCCGGGGCGCCGCUCAGGUGUCGGCGUGGGACUCGGGCGCCGGAGAGCACGUGGCAGCGCGGGCCAUGGGGCCGCGGGCUGCCGCGGGGCAGGCGGAGGCCCACACCCAGCAGCUGCAGGAGCUGCGCAGCCGGACGGAGAGGGCCGAGCGACGGCUCCUGGCCUGCGAGAACCUGGUGGGGGAGCUGGGCAGCCACGUGGCCGCGCUGGGCACCCUGCUCCAGGGCUACGGGCUGCUCCAGCAGCGCCUGGACAACGUGGAGAACCUGCUCAAGAACAGGAACUUCUGGCUCUUGCGGCUGCCGCCGGGCACCCGGGGCGAGGUGCCCAAGGUGCCGGUCACUUUUGAUGACAUUUCGGUGUACUUCAAUGAGCAGGAGUGGGAGAGACUGGACAGCUGGCAGAAGGAUCUGUACAGGGCUGUGAUGAGGGGGAACUAUGAGACCCUGAUCUCCCUGGACUACGCUGUGUCCAAGCCUGACAUCCUGUCCCGGAUGGAGAGGGAUGAAGUGUUCUGCACCAAAGACAGUCAGCAGCCCCCGCAGACGUGUACCCAAGACAGUCAGCAGCCUCCGCAGAUGUGUGUCCAAGACGGUCAGGAGCCCCCGCAGCCACCAGAAGAGACGGACUGGGAGGAGGAGGCGCUGGGAGAAGAUGAAGUCCCCAUGGAAGCUGACACGGACUACGCUGUGUCCAACCCUGACAUCCCGUCCCAGAUGGAGAGGGAUGAAGAGCCCUGCACCAAAGACAGUGAGGAGCCCCCGCAGACGUGUAUCCAAGACAGUCAGGAGCCUCCAGAGAUGUGUAUCCAAGACAGUCAGGAGCCUGCGCAGACAUGUAUCCAAGACAGUCAGCAGCCCCCGCAGCCACCAGAAGAGACGGAACAGAAGGAAAAGGCAUUGGAAGACGAAGUCCCUACAGAAGCUGACACGGAACUCCCCAUCUUGGUGAUGAAUGUCAUGUCCCUGAGUGCACAAGAAGAGGAGUUGAGCAGGGCGGAUCAGCCAGAGACAGAGGUAGAAGAGGACCCAGUUGAGUUCAGUGCCCAGGAAGGCUUUUCCCUGGAAAAUGAAAUGGCUUGUGAUGGGACUUCUCCUCCUGAAAACGUGGAGGUGAAGGAGGAAGCGCCCGAGGCGUUGCAGGAGGUUUCCACACCCUCUCUUGACCUAGAGAUGCAGAAAUGCCCCAAAAAGGAGGAGGCCAAGCCCAAGAGCAAGAAGAAGCCAAGCAGGUGUGCAGCCAGCAGCCUGCUGAUGGGCACCUGCCGGCGGGGCUACGUGCGGGAGUGGUCGCACCCCUGCACGGAGUGCGGGAAGCGGUUCCGCCUGAAAAUCAACCUCAUCAUCCACCAGCGGAGCCACGCCAAAGAGGGGCCCUACGAAUGCACGGUGUGCGAGAUCAGCUUCGCCGACAAAAGCCACCUGGACCUGCACCAGAGCAUCCACACAGAAGGCAGGGCCUUCGGGGCCAAGGUGUGGGGGAACGUCCACCCGGAGCUGAGGAUCCGGCCGAGGAGGAAGUUCUGCGGGGCUCUCUACGGCGGCACGCACAGCCUGGAUCCCAGGGUACGCACUGGGGAGCCCUGGCUGGGCCAGGCAAAGAACGAACCGGAUGCGAGGAGCCUGCCUGGCACUCAUUUCUCCCAAAACCAGAGACGUAGGACUUAUGAGAAGUCUCUGCUAAAGUGCACUAUUUGCCGGAAGAGUCUCUCGUGCCCCUUUUCCCUUCGGAGACACCUGCAGACCCACGCCCGUGACAGACCGUAUCACUGCAGCGACUGCAAGAAAUCCUUCACCCGAAGAACGCACCUUUCACGCCACCAGAAAAUACACAGUCGCCAGAAAGACCUGGAUAUGGUCCAGAAAGACCUGGUCCAACAGCCCAAGACAGCCCAACCCAAGACUGUCCUGCCGGCACCCAAGCAGCCCCAGCAAAGAGAAGCCGCAGGGGUACCCAAAGACGGGGGCGUUCCUUGCUCGCUAAACCAUGCAUCAAAGAGAGAUGCGAGUCCUGCACCCACUGCAACCAAAGCCGAUGGUCUUUUGGCCAGUCCUGCAGAUCUCUCGCUUUCGGAUAGGCCCUGCCAAAUCCAGCGCUUUGGUGGGAGAGCAGCCCAGCCUGUUGUAAGACUAGGAAAUAGGGCAGUGGUUUUGGGGGUGACGGAUAAAUGACAACAGGAGAGAUCCAAACUGCUGUGUCCCUAGAGAGAAACAGUGUGAGCGUUGAGACAGAAUUUGGACGUGGCGGGGCACUGGAGUUAUAAACCAUCUGUAAUCUGGAUUUGGGGAGCUUUCCUGAAUUAUAGAAUGAAUCAAAGCUUGGAUACCAUCAGAGAGAGCAAAUUACAGACACUUCUAGUGAUACAAAAUGCUUUACCAUUCCUCAGACUCUUGUGUCUGCUGGCUGAUGCAAGAAAUUAACCCACACUGACCUUCCUAGAUCAUCAGAUAUCUCUUCUGCAGCCCUUGCUAGAGGAAUUUGCAAACAGGAUUACAGGACCCAUUACAUGAUGUUGGAGCUGAUCCCUUGGAUUUAGAAAUAAAAUUGCACAGCGAAGAAGAUGGACAGAAGGGAAUCAGCCUGACAGUAAGCCCGGCUGGAUUCCCAAGGAGCUCAUUUCACUGCUAAAGUUUCUUUACUAUGGGGCAGAUGGAGAAAGUCUGCGUUGUCAACUCAGGGCCGCUUUGGCAGAAGCAACAGUUCCUGCUGUUGGGCUUGCACCUCUGAGGCUCCGUGCUGUCCUAGCCAUGCUUGUCUGUAACCUAGCCCGGUGACAGAAUCUGACUGCUAAAUGCUAGAUCAGUUUGAGAAUAUCUGUAUCGCGUAGGUGAGCUUGACACUUUAUACAACAGCCGCAAUGGAACACAAAUAGAAUGAAUCAAACUGUGAUAUUUUCUGUUUGCGAUAUUUUCUGUUUGCAAGGAUGCUGCGAGUGUUUCCGAGGCCCCAGCAGCCUUACUUCCUUCAAAGAGCCCACCCUUCCACAACUGGAAAUGUGUAACAGGGCUGAUAUCCCCAGGGCUAGUGACAGGCAUAGAUGGAGAGUCCCUUUGGGAAUACCUAACAGAUAAGGCUACCCCAGCACCCCUGCGCUGCUGCAUUAGGCCGUGCGAGGACCCUCCUCCGCCUCCGCCGUGUCUGCUGGGACGUCCUGACGCGCGCCGACGCCGCUGGGAUCAUCCCCUCCGCUCCGCGCUGCCGCGAAGGGAAGCCCCGGUCUCCACGUCGCAGGUGGUCUCCACAUCCAACGCAGCCGUGUGCAGAACCCAUUAGUAACUGAUCCUGUGAAAGACUAGUUAUGCCAGCUACCUCAGAUGUCCCCUGGAGCGAGGAGUGCCCGCAGGCAGCCCGGUAAUUGUGGAAGCCAGGCCAGGUUAGCGGACGUGGCUCAGGCAUCCCCAAGAGCCCUUUGGGCUGCUCGCGUUCACAGCCAGAGCCCUGCUUGUAUGUGCACUAGUAGGAAACGUGAAGCACAUGCACCGAGAGAACAAGCCUGUCCUGGUGGCACCGCUGUGCAUGGCAAACUGAUGAGCUUUUAGGACUCUUUAUUUUAGUUUUCUGUUUUCCCAUUAAAUUGUGUUUGAUGUCAUUGUUUGAAGUGACCAGCUCUCUGUCCCUCCCAGGCCAGGGGGCACGGGGAGCCGGUUUGCUCAGAGUAUCUUUCACUUUUCCUGGCCAUUUGCAGGGUGUAGUGGACUGCAGGCGGGGCUGGAGCGUUGGGCACUGAGAUAACGUCGUCCCUGCUGUGUCGUGCUGUAACUCGUUAGUGCUCAGUGGACUGCACCCGCCGCCUCCCCGCCAGCCUGGAGGGCAGCGCUGCCGCUCCCCUCCGAGGCGGUGUCGGAGGUGGAGACGCUGAGGGUUUCCUCCUCGGAGCUCCUUUCGGAGGCGUGGGAUGUCCCAGCGCUCCAGAGGGCCGUUUCCUUGCUCCCAUUUCCUGUCCCUUGAGAUUGCAAUGCAGAGUGUGCCUAGACUGUAUCAUAGCCAUGAAGGGGUGACGGUGGCGGCCAAGUCGGCCCGCGCUGCGGAGCCCGGUGAGAUGCAGCAGCGGUUGAUGCCUUACGGUCUGUGCCGCGAUGGUGGGGCUGGGGAGCUCGCGCGCUCUCUGGCCUGGGUUCCCCCACCGGCACGGGCGCCGCUGCGUGGGCUGGGGUGACCAGGCCUGUCACCGCCGCCCGGUAGAGCCAUUGAUGCCUGUGACUCGCGUGGGAUGCGUGCGCUGGGACGGCGGUAUUGCCUGUGGGCAGAGCUGGGCCUCUGAGCCCGGCGCUGGGUCGCGUGGAGGAGCUGGCCUCUCCCUCGGGCUGACUGCCCAGCCCAGGGCGUUCGUAUGUUGUCAUGUCUGGGACCGGCAUUUGUGUGAGGUCCCAGAUCCUUCUCUCAGGCUAAGGGAUUAAUAAAGUAUUUGUCUGUA